CCUCUUCUGCAGCACAUGCGAUCAGCGUAUCAGUGUGUGUGUCCGUGCGAGCGGCGUUAUAAUAUCCUGGCGCUUCCACACACACACACACACACACACACACACACACACAUAUAUCUAUGUAUAAAUGUGGUAGAGUCUGCGCAAUAUCUUGGCCGGAGAUCUCCUGGCACACCGAUAAUCGCUCACAAGCUGCUGCUUCGAACUCUUGUAUUCGGAACCAGCGGCGGCAGUGGCGGCAGUUGUGGCACACGAUUCGUUUCGCGCGUGGUGGUGGUGGUGUCGGCGGCGAUUUCUUGCCUUAUUACACAGUGUAUUAGAAACAACGAGCACUUCUUCUGUGUUCCGAUAGUCGAGCACAAGAAGCGAGUGUACCGCUGCAAAGUCUGUCACAAGAAGUUUCAUCACAGGCGCAAUUUGCAAAAUCACGUCUACAUUCACUUGAAGAUACCCUAUAUUGUGCUGAAGAGAGUACCAUACACUUAUCAGCCAGCGUUCAAGACGCAAGCAGCCGAAAAUUAUUCAUUAAAUGUAGAACAUCCAGGAGACCUGAAAAUCAAACUCAAGAGAACAGAUUCGUUGAAACUGACCCUUAGAAAAUCACCUCUUGGAACAGAAUUUUCUGUGGUUAGUCCUGUCGAUCCUGCCAAAGAGGAAAUACAAGAAGAAUCCAAGCUGGCGCAAGAACACAUGAAUGAUAAAAAUGAUUCUGAGGAGGAAAAAACCUCCAAUCAUUCUGGUGAAAACGAAGUAUUUCUGGAAACGAAUCAUACAUCUAACGAAGAUAUAGAUUCGGAACCAGAGCAAAAUCCACUAGAAAGUAUAGAGCAACCUUCAAUGGAUAAUAACGAAGGUGACUCAGGGGUUGGUAGUGACUCCAUUAAUCCUUCUGAAAAAGAAGAUGAAAAUGUUGAAGAUGUAGUUGCUGAUCAUAACAGUAAUUCAAAUCAAGCUGAAGCUGCUGAAAAUGAUGACAUCGAAGAAUCCGAUGCGAUUGAAGCAACUUGUAGAGAGACAAUUGAGAAUUUAAAGAUGCUAGGAGAACACUCAAGGUUGAUUAGUUCCAGAUCGCAACUUGAAGAAGAACCAAUUGUAACUGUUAUUCAAGAAAAAGACAAAGACGAUGAAAUAGAACUUUCUGAUACUCUCAAAGAGCUCCAACGCCAUUGUGAAAUAAGUAUAGUUCCUAAAUCUGCUUUAAUGAAAGAAAAGACAAACACUUCUGUAUCUCAUGAAGCAGAAACUGAAAUCAGGCCUAUUGGUACCAGCUCCAGCGUUAGUUGGACAGCAUUAACUGAAGAUGCUCGUAGCCAAAGUCCUCAAGUCAGCUGCGAAAAAACUUCAGGAGCUCAAAAAAGUAUAGAAACUCCUAGUUCAAUGCUUCAAAAUUUCUUGAAUGAACACGAAAGAAAUAAAGCAGAAUCAAAUGCCAAUAAUCAAAUCCAAGAAACGGAAUAUGUUUCUUUGGAAAAAUUAGCUGAAAAAGUCAAUGUUUGCAAAGUUUGCAAUGAAAAAUUUAAGGAUACAGCGCAUUUAGAAACUCACAAAAUUAAAGCGGGACAUUUUCAGUGCAAACAAACAGACUGCAGAUCUCUGCUUUUUAAAACCUCAGCAGAGCUAUCAUCUCAUGUGUCUCUACAUCACAGGAUUUCAUCUGUAUCACCAAAUGUUAGCAACAAUUCAUCUCCUCAUCAUGUAUCAAGAAAUUCUCCUCAUUCAAUUUCGCCACAAUUGAAUACCAACUCUCCUCUUUUAAACACCCAUUCUCCUAGUACCAAUUCGCAAUCUCCUCAUUUAAAUACACACUCUCCGCAUUUAAAUACACAAUCUCCUCACUUGAAUACUCAAUCUCCUCAUUCACCUGUUAUGACGGCGCUCACGUCGCCUAUGAAUUCUCCAGUUCCAAAUCUUCCAGCUUCAUCGUCCUUUAAUACUCAGCCAGCUCCAACGUAUGCUCCAAUAAGUAUGGAUCAAUUGCCAGCACCAGUACAACAAUUGGCCCAACAAGUUCAGAGGAUGCCUUUACCACAAAGUCAAAUGAGUACUCCUAUGAUGAAUGCUCAAAAUUACUAUCCUCCUCCUCCUAGUCAUGCUGGAAGACCACCAAUAUACAGAGCAGCUAUGCAUUAUGCAAGUCAGAUGAUGUACCCAUUUUCGUAUCCUCCAAUGGGCAUGCAGCCACAAAUGCAACAACAUGUACCUAGGCCAAGAUAUCAAGUUCCGAUGCAACAACGGAAUCGGGCUCCGGUAGCGAUGCCGCAAAUGCCGCAGAUGCCUCAAAUGUCUCAAAUGCCUUCGGGUAUAAGGCCUCGAAUGAAACGGCCCCCGCCCCAAGGUAUUCCAUUGCAGGCCCAACAAGCACCCUCUGCGCCAAAACAAAGGCGCAUGGAUGUUCUGCUACCCGACAGGAACGAAGAUGCCGAUUGUCAUGUCAUUGCUCAACAGAAAAGAAACAAUGGUUUGCCCGUUAUUCAAAAUGUUCAAGGUGGUAACAAUUCCCAGCAACAACAGACUAAUCGACCCGAUCCAACUAUACAUUUGACGGACUCUAUCACAUUGAGUGUCAGACAACCAGGUUCAAAUCCAGAACAAGUCAAUGCCAUGCUUCAAAAUGCCAAGAGAUCUGAUACAGCGGUUGUAACAGAUGCUUUAACUGCGCGAGGUAUAACUGUCACGCCAGCGGGUAAAAAAAAUUUGGAGCAAACAAAUCAAGCGCAAACACAAGCACAGGCACAACCACAACCACAAAGGCAAUCAAUAGAUGUUUCAUCUCUGAAUUUAAGUCCUGCCAUCUCUAUUGUGCCAGCACAAAAGAAACAACCAGAAAAGCAACAACAACAAGUACAAUUUGCUGUGCCACAGAGUAAACAAGCUGCUAAACCAACAUCUAAUGAGGUUGAAAGACCGCCUAGACCGCCUACAGUAGACUUGACUCAAGAUGUGACACCAAUUGUACCUCCUGUGAAAAGAGGCAGACCACCCAGUAGUUCUAGGCCAUUGGUUUGUCAAUUCUGCGAUAAACGGUUUCCAAGUCAAGAAAUAUUAAAUCAGCAUAUGACUACACAUAGCAGGACAGCAAAUAAAUUACAACAUAGAUGCAAUAUAUGUCAAGCUCUGUAUCCAGAUGCUAAAGCUUUGAAUAGCCAUCGAAGACUCUAUCAUAAUAAGGACCUGGAUCCAACAAUACCUCCUUCACAGAAUGGUAGUGUAGAACUAGCUAUACCAGUUGUGGACAUGAAAUCUCCAAAUUCAUUAUCCCGCCUGUCGCAACUUGGUAUUCAAAGUUACAUACCUCUUUCACAACUCAGUGCUCAAACUGGAGGAUUUUAUGGCCUACCGAUUGUUACAAUUGAUGGAGCUCGAAAUGCAGGUGCUGGUAGUUUAGCUGCUUUGGGAGCUACUUCAAUUCUUAGUCUUGGUCCUCUUAAACAAAUCAACUAUAACAGAUGAUAACGAGGUCUAAUCAUAUGUGACUGAUUUAUUUCUCAGUAUAAAUCAACACUUUGUUACAUUUUUUUAAUGUAGAAAUUGGAAUUUUUGAAUUCAUAUUUUUGUUAAGUAAAUGAGUAUACGAUUCAAAGGAAUUAUCGAGGGUCAAGCACUUCCAAAGCUUAUUAGCCUGUAAUGAUCAAAGUUAGGUAUAGAGUAAUUGAUAAAUGAAAAGAUCUUUUUUAUAAUUUAAUUCUAAUAUAAUCUGUAUAUUUAGUUAGUUUUUGCUAAUGCCUGUAUAGAACGGAUUUUCUAUACAUUCAAAUUUUGUGAAAUACAUUUAAAUGUAAUCGUGACGAGUUCUUGAGCUCAUCAUUGAAAGUCACAUUUAAAUGAUGGACAAAAUUUUUAUCAAUGAAUAUGACUGAAAAGCAAAAUACUGAAAUAGUUAAAUUAAUUAUUACGUUCAAAAAUUACUCAACUGAUUUGUAGUAUUAACAUAUCUAGAGGUACUACAUGAAAAUAUGUAGUUAUUAAGGCCAAAUAUCAGUAUUGAUUGUAUUACGACGUUUGUCCUAAAAUUUAUGAUAUGAGAAAUAGCUCUAAUAGUGUAUAUUAUAUGCAUAAACAAAACAAAGUGCAGAAAUGUUUUUCAUAUUCUUUCAUGAACGGUACUACAAAAGUUAUACAACAUUUAUAUGGUACUUAGGUAAUAUAAAAUUAUAUAUAUUACAAAAUAAUUUACCCUUUAAUCUCUUGUGAGAAUUUAGUGGAAAGUUCAGAAGUACACACUGAGACAAAGCUUUGUCUAAAAUCGUCAGUGCUUAUACUUAAAAUUUGUAUAUAUUGUUUUAAUAUGGCUUUUGCAGAGUAAGCAAAAAAUUAAUGCUGAUACAAAAUCAAAGCCAAUUACUCCUGAAAUACCUCAAAGUUACAAAUUGAAAUUUCUAUUGUAAUAAAAACAAACAAGUAUUGCAUGAGAGCAAAUAAAAUUAUUUUUCCAAUAAUUAAUGUUCUACCGUUUAAAUAAUUCAUGACUUUUGGUGCAGCAUCAUAUUUUCACUGUGAUAAUAAUAUGCAAUACCAUUGCAAUCUACUAACUUGUUAGAAUUUAUUGUCUAAUACAAAUUUAUGUAGAAAAAUAGAUAAUCAAAAAUGCAUGUAUAGAUAUUCCAGAAUGAUUUACAAUUUUAUCAUAUGUUAAAAAAAUUUGAUGUCAUGUGUUAAAAUUGUUUAACAAACAAUAAAACUAAGUUGUAAAUAUUUACAUAUAUGAAUGGAAUAAAAUAUAAGUAUACGAAUAUAAAUGGAUAGAACAACAUUUGAAAUGUGAUUAUCUGUACUGUUUACAUUUGAUCAAUGAUAUUUUUAUAAAGAAAAUAAAAAAAGUAUGCCAUACAAA